AUGUCUCCUGUUUUCACCAGCCUCGAGUACAAGGACAGUGACCUGCUCCUGUCGCUCGGAUCGUUCUCAAGCCUGCCCAAAGCCACCAGUUUUCAGUACGAGACUGAAGGCAUUAUUGGCAACUUGGACCCGAUUUCAGAGUCGCUGGAAAAUUCUCCCACUCCUGACGAGGCCAUCAAGGUCACAGUGCAGAAGUUAUCACAGGUGACAUUGGCGUCUUCUUCGUCGUCUGAUGUUCUGCCUCCUUUGACCCCCGUCAGCCGCAGAGGCUCCUACCCCGUGGAUAUUGAUGCAAUAAUCACCCGUUUGAUAAAAAUCGGCAACGAUAAACCUGCCAAAAAGUCCAAAUUGAGCAGGGAUAAGUUGCCAUUUACCUCCGAGGAAAUCAAGUAUAUUUUGAACAAGUCCAGGUCCAUCUUUUUGGACCAACCGACAUUAUUACGGUUGGCUCCUCCUGUGAAAGUGUUGGGAGACUUGCAUGGCCAAUAUACUGAUCUUAUUCGGAUUUUCAACAAAUGUGGAUAUCCUCCUCACAGCAACUACUUGUUCUUGGGGGACUACGUUGAUCGAGGUCACAAGUCCUUGGAAACCAUCUUGUUGUUGUUGUGCUAUAAGAUCAAGUAUCCUGAGAAUUUUUUCAUGUUGAGAGGUAAUCACGAAAGUGCCAACAUCACCAAAAUCUACGGGUUUUAUGAUGAGUGUAAGAGACGGUUGCCCAGCUUGACUGGAAAUCAUAAGAUGUGGAAGAUGUUUGUAGAUGUUUUCAACAGUUUACCCAUUGCUGCCACCAUCAACGAUAAAAUCUUUUGUAUCCAUGGAGGCUUAUCGCCCGAUUUACACAAUUUGAAGCAGAUUGAAGACAUUAAACGUCCUACAGAUGUCCCUGAUAAAGGAUUAUUGGCUGACUUAUUGUGGUCAGAUCCUGAUCCUUCUGUUAAGAAUUUCUCAUUGAAAAAUUGGCCCAAGAAUGACAGAGGAGUAUCGUAUUGUUUCGGAAGAAAACAUGUCGACCACUUCUGUGCCACCUUUGGAUUUGAAUUGAUUGUGCGUGGUCAUAUGGUUGUUGAAGACGGCUACGAGUUUUUUGAUAAACGGAAGUUGGUGACGAUAUUUUCGGCCCCCAACUAUUGUGGUGAAUUCAACAACUACGGGGCUGUGAUGAGUGUGGACAGAUCACUCUGUUGCUCAUUUGAUCUCUUGAAACCCCUUUAG